CACCUGGAUUGAGGGUGGGUCUGCCUCUCCCAGCCCACUGACUCAAAUGGGAAUCUCCUCUGGCAACACCCUCAGGGACACACCCAGGGACAAUACUUUGCAUCCUUCAAUCCAAUCAAGCUGACACUCAGCAUUCACCAUCACACCUGGGAAGCAUGGAACCCAGAAACAAGUGCCAGGGCUCCAGUGCCAGUGCCUGUCCUGGGGAGAUAUCCAAGAGAAGACAUGACCAGGAUCUUGGGGGAGCAUGAAAUGGUGAGGGCACAGUGAGCUUGAAGGCUGAUGUCACCUGCCAGGAGAGCGGCUGGCAGUCCUGCCUGGUGCCCCCACAGGGGCAGAGCUGGCAGGGAGGGGCCUCUAAUCGAAGGCCAGGAAUUGUGGAGCUCCAGUGCCUUGGUGUGGCUGGCCUUCUUGCCCCCCUCCCAGAGGACCCGGCCAGUAACAGCCCUUCUGGUGGAACCUUCCCCAAUGGGCAUGAAAGAAAUGAGGGCCCCACAAGCCACAUGGACUCUGAUGCCUGGAGCCAAGAACACCCCUUAGGUUGAGAGAAGCCGCCCCCGGGGCACUGUGCAGUGUGGCUGGCUCUCCAGCCUCAGGAGUACUGAGGACUGCCUGGGGGACGACUCCUAGGACUGGGCGCCCGUGGGCCCUCCCCUGCUCCCAAUGAGGCCCACGCAAGCCAGGCCUGAAGGGCGCGAGCGGCAUAGGUAGGGAGCUUGAGGGGGCGUUGGGCUCCCACCAAGCGCCAGAUCCCUGCGCGCCUCCAGCGCUCGCCCGCGCGGCUGGUUCCUUUGGGAUGCGGAGGUGCGACGGGUCCUCCGCGCGCGCCUGCUGCAUCCCCAGCCCGCCUGCCGCCCCUCCCGGCCCUCCGCAGCCUUGGCCCGCCCCCGCCGCAGAUAUAAGGCGGCCCAGGCGGUGGCUGCUCCGAGCCCCGACGCCGCCGCCCACCAGCCAGCCAGCGUCCCCAUGGCCCGGCCCGCGACACUGGCGGCCUCCGCCCUGGCGCUGUGCCUGCUGCUGGCGCCGCCUGGCCUCGCGUGGUACAAGCCGGCGGCGGGGCGCAGCUCCUACUCGGUGGGCCGCGCCGCGGGGCUGUUGUCCGGUUUCCACAGGUCCCCGUACGCGCGGCGCUCCCAGCCCCCCAGAGGGGCGGAACCUCCGGGCCGGGCCGGCGCCUCCCCGGAGCUGCAACUGCACCCCAGGCUGCUGAGCCUCGCUGUGUGCGUCCAGGACGUCGCCCCGAACCUGCAGAGGUGCGAGCGGCUCCCCGACGGCCGCGGGACCUACCAGUGCAAGGCGGACGUCUUCCUGUCCCUGCGCGCAGCCGACUGCCUCGCCGCCUGAGCCCGGACCCCAGACCCCAGACCCAGACCUCUCCUGGCACCGCUGGGGGACCCCGCCCCCACCGUCCCACUCGGGGACCUCAGGCCCCGCCGGCGCGGGAUGGCGCCCCAGGUCUCCCCUAUUCCGCUCACCCCGCAGUUAAUGGCAAACGAAUAAAUAAAUGAGGCGGCCUCGGAGUGAGGGGU